AUGGUAUACCAUGGAAAGGGAGCCGCGGCGGAGAUAGUUUUAGAUGGUUUCGGGUGGUGCGGGCGCCUCUCGCUCCCUAUCCCAAAGGAGGAGUACGGCUUACGGCUCGGUCUGAACCCAAAGGGCCAUGUCCAGCCUGAUGCUCGUUUUCUUUUUGGUAAAUAUUGGGUGCAAACCUGGAAACUAGAUUUUCAUCCCAUCCAAGCUGCUGCUCCUCUGAUCCUCUCCAUCCACCCUCCUCUGCUGCAUGCCUCUCACCCCACCACUGCAUCAGCAUCACACCACCCUCAAGUCGGAGGCGGCGGCCGCCGUCCGCGGACGACGCGGUGCGGGAGCCGGGAGCUGCGGGAGGUGGCUGCCAUCCUCGUCGCCGCACAUACCGUGGAAGAUGACACGCUUUCGCCUCCAGGGCGUAAGGCACUCGACGCCGACGUCCGGUGCCUACAAGGUCGCUCCCUGCCCUUGACCCCUCCACGGUCGACAAGAUUGAGGAUGGAUUGGUGCGUGCCGAUUGCCAAGGAAUGGAGAUGAAUUAGGACGGUGGACACAAUGCUAUGAACAAGUGAGAGAACGAACAAGUCGAACCACAGCUAACUAACUACUUUAGGUUUAGUGGAGGACGAGGUCCCUGUUGCGACUAUUCUAUUCUUUUGAAAAUCAGGUUAAGAAGCACACUUCAGCUUCAUAGUGCCAUGAAGAAACAGAUCACUGCUGGCUACUUUCAUCCUCGUUUUACUCAAGGAAGUUGCUCCUGCAAAUUUUCCAGUAUUGUGAGAUGCUUUUAUAUGGUCAAGUCAAGAAGCAUACUCGGUUACUCGGAUAUGCUGACCAAGCAUUAUAUAUUGCCAAUGAAGAAAGGUGAAACUUCAAUUGACAGAUGCAUGAGUGUAAAAUAGGAUAUUCCAGUUCUCAUGAUGUAUGAAUUGGUCAAUUAUGAAUUACAGUAUGUGGCAGAUUGUAAAUUUGACUGUGGUUUCCUUAUGAAUAAAAAUAACCAUUUA